CUCCCUCACGAACUGAGGUUCAAGGUUCACUCUGCCACGUGGGUUUGUCCCUGGUCUUAGGAGCAAGUAGACCAGCCCAAUCGGUCGAUUCCCUCAUCGAGUCCUCUUCUGCAAACUGUAUUUUCCCAAUAAAACAAGUAUGGCUAGCAAGCUUGCUUGUGAGGAUUGUCGUAGGCGAAAAGCGCGCUGUGAUAGGGCGAAGCCUCAAUGUGGCGCCUGUGCCGAAUCAGGCUGUCCAUGCGUGGUUGUGGAUAACAGGGCCAAGAGAGGCCCCAAGAAGGGCCAGCUGCACGCCCUGCGCAACCGGAUCGCAACGCUGGAACAACAACUUUUCGGAGAGACGGGUCAGGGGCAGUCCGAUCUCUACUUGAUCCAGGACUAUCAUGACAGUCCUCACGACACCACUAGGUCCAUAACAACUGCACAGCCCUCGCUUAGCGACGCGAAUGGUGACGCCAUUACAAGCUCACCAAUCAAGCCCGUCUUCGCCACGCCUGGUAGCAACACAAUCACAGAUAAUACGACACACAUGUCCAUGUACUCGGGGUCAGGAAUUGGCAACGGCUUCGCAAUUGAAGAUUGUCUGCCAACGCCAUCUAUUGAUAUGUCAACAAUAAACACCAUGUGUGGUCCAAGCCCAACGCGGCUGUCGUCGGCUUGCGGAAUGAGCGAGUCUCAUUUCUCGGACAUAGUGCGAGAAGAUCUAGACGAGACCUACUUCGAGCAUGUGCACGCAAUGGCGCCGAUUGUUCAUAAGCGCCGAUACUUGUCAUGGGCAGGUCAAGAAGAUGUCCCCCCGGCUCGGGAAUGCCUGCGUCUCGCAAUGAGAACCAUUGCCGCUGCGGUUUCUCCUACAUCGAAUCCCCUGAGCGAAGGUUUAUACGUGGAGACUCGCCGGAUCCUGGACAUGUUGGACCUAUUACAACCAACAACGGUUCAACUUGAGCAUAUUCAAGCCGGCCUGCUCGUUUCUCUCUAUGAGCUGAUGCGGCUCCGUGAGCACGAUGCCAUGCUCACAGCUGGUCGAACUUUCAGGCUGAUACACUCCUCGCGUUUGUACGACGUCGACGGCACAGCGGCUCUAACACCAGUCUCGCCCACCAAGCCGGAGGGCUCAAACUUCUCCGAGAUGGAGGAGAAGCGCCGCUCUUUUUGGCUCGCAUUUGUCAUUGACCGAUUCCUCAGCACGCGAAACGAGUGGCCUGUGACACUACAAGAGGAAACGGUCGGUGCCAUUUAUUACCCAUCUGAACUCCUCCGCUCUCACCACCUUUUGUUUUUCAAAAAAAAAACAUUUUCAUCUCCCAUUUUCCGAUGUCAAAACUUUUCAGAAUUUGCGCGCGCCUCCCGGCACCGGAGACGAAUUUCCAAAACAACGAGCCAACACAAGCGAACUUCUUAUCUGAGGCGAUUACCAGCAACGAUAACAAGACCCUCUCAUGGUUCGCCGAGUGCAUAGUGCUUACGUCCCUGUUUGGGCGCUGUCUGAAACUGCGGAGGCUGGCGCAUGCUGCUGCCGUCGCCGAUAUGAACUGGCGCAGUGCGUGGUCGCGGGUAGAGAGACUCACUGUUGUUCUGGAAAAGCGAGCCGAGCGACUGCUGCAGGUGAACCCCCCGGCCGCUUCGGUCCUCAUGGAGCGAGAUCCCAUGUUCAUCUUCUCCCACAUCCUGGCUGAAAAUGCAAUCAUACAUCUUUAUCACACCAGCCAACCUCUGCCGUUCCAACCAAAAGAAUACACUUCUCCAGUUGCAGGGUUCUCUGGAGAGCAGCGCGCCUACCAGGCCGCUAUCCACACCGCACAAAUGGCUUUGUCCGUGCCCAGUAUCAGCUCUUUGAAGGUCCAGCCAUUCCUUCCUUAUGCACUGGCAAGUUCCGCUGCGUUUCUCAUGGCACGUUCAGAAUCUCCAAGCCUCACAGCCCCGCUAGGAGAGCCGAAGGAUGAGAUAGAGCAGCUACUAGCCGCACUGCGGAGCCUCAGAGAUAGCAAUUAUUCGGCGAACGUGGCCUUGUGUAGACUAGACGCUUUGAGUAACAGAACAGCAUGAAGAUGCCGUCAACAUAAAAUGUAUUUUGUAUAAG